UUGAAGAGCGUCGGACCAAAGCUGGUUCCUUUCUUCAAGACGGUUGCCAUAUUUUUCGUUCUUUUUGGACAAGAAGAAAAGGCUUCCAUAUUCUUCUGCAUCGUCAAGUGCCUUCCAGUGAUCUCCCUGAUUGUGUUUGUCCUCCUUCAUGGCAUGAGCUUUGAUGAGUGCUACAGAUACUCGAGGAGAAUCCUGGUCGGACUCAUUUUCUCAGCAAUCGGGGAUAUAUUUCUGGUUUGGAAGAGUACCCCUGGGAAUAUGGAACUGGGUCUUCUCAGCUUUGCCAUUGCCCAGAUCAUGUAUGCAAGGGCUUUUGGUUGGCGUCCGCUGAAGCCUUACCCGGGAUCUGCUUUCCUGUUGCUGGGCCUUGUGGUCUACUCCUACCUGCAGAUCUACGUCACUGGUUUGAUGGCCUACCUGGCUCCUUUCUACAUGACCCUAAUCUGUACCAUGGCUUGGCGUGCCAUGGCACGUGUCCAGUUUUACGAUGACCUCUGGACCUGGACCAAGCUGUGUGGCUGUGCAGGGGCAGUUUGUUUCCUCAUCUCUGACCUGGUGAUUGCCAUCAACAUGUUUGCAGUGUCCAUUCCCUGUGCCCACACCAUCAUCAUGCUGACCUAUUAUGCUGCCCAGUUUGGCAUCUCCCUGUCUGUGGUGGACAGCCAGGCAGACGAACUCAUCCGAAUACAGAAGAGUCAAUAA